GCCCGUUGCAGAGAAAGACGUCUAGUCUCUCUCCCCCUCUCUCCCUCAAACUCCAAAUCUAAAGGCGAGAUUGCAAGGCAUGGCAAAAGAGGCUCAACAGAUCUCAAGAAUUCCAAGCUAUGAUGCGUAUUUCGAGGCGGUUCAAUCUCAAAAGAAGUUACCAUAUGACUUGCAGGAAUCUUUAACAGAUGCAUUUGCAAAGAUUCCAGUGUCAUCCUUUCCAGAAAUUCCAGGCGGCAAAGUGAUUGAAAUUUCAGCGGACACAACUAUUGUCAAUGCAGUUAAAAUUCUAUCCGAAAACAACAUCAUGUCUGCUCCUGUGAGAAAUCCAGACUCAGGAGAUAGUCUAGAUUGGAGGGACAGGUAUCUAGGAAUCAUAGAUUAUUCUGCAAUUAUACUGUGGGUGUUGGAGAAUGCAGAGCUUGCUGCUGCUGCUUUGUCCGCAGGAACUGCAACAGCUGCUGGAGUGGGAGCGGGUGCCAUUGGUGCUCUUGGAGCACUGGCCAUGGGUGCAACUGGCCCAGUUGCAAUUGCUGGGCUGACUGUUGCAGCUGUUGGUGCAGCGGUUGCCGGGGGACUGGCGGCAGAACAAGUGAUGGUAAAAGAUGCUCCUACAGCUGCUGAUCGUUUGGGAGAGGACUUCUACAAUGUCCUCGUUCAGGAAGAACCCUUCAAAACAACCACAGUACGGUCGAUUGUAAAAUCCUUCCGUUGGGCUCCUUUCCUUCCUCUUGCAUUGGAUAGUUCCAUGUUGAGCGUGUUGCUGCUUCUGUCGAAGUAUAGAAUGAGGAAUGUCCCAGUAAUUGAAGUAGGCAAGCCCUUCAUUAAGAAUUUCAUUACUCAAUCAGCGGUAGUACAAGGUCUUGAUAUGUGCAGGGGGAGAGAUUGGUUCAAUUACAUUGCCGCAUGUCCUAUUUCUGAUCUUGGACUUCCUUUCAUGUCUCAAAAUGAGGUUAUCUGUGUCAAUCAUGAUACACUGAUUCUGGAAGCUUUCAAGCUUAUGAAGGACAACCAAAUAGGUGGCCUUCCAGUAGUAGAAGGUCCCGAGAGGAAGAUCCUUGGCAACAUAAGCAUCAGAGACAUCAGAUACUUGUUGCUCAAACCUGAUCUUUUUUCCACUUUCAGGCAGCUGACAGUAACGGAUUUCAUGAGAACCAUUGCUUCAAGAAAUCAAGAAUCUGGGAUGACACGGAUGAUGCCACCAAUAACAUGCACACUGGACACACACCUUGGGAAUGUCAUAGAAAACCUGGCCUUCAGAAAAGUUCACAGGAUUUACGUGGUAGACGGGGAGGGUCAUGUCAUUGGAGUUGUGACACUCAGAGACGUGAUUUCCUGCUUUAUUUUUGAGCCUCCUAACCACUUUGAUAAUUACUUUGGGUUUUGCCUGAUGGAAAUGUUAAGCCAGUGAUACUAUUGUAUUCGGAGCCAAUAACCGCUUGGUGGCAUUCAUGCGCCAUAAAGCAUUUGACUAUGAUAUUUCGGAAGUAUCUUCAGUUCUUCAGAUA